AUGGUUAUCUACAAGUCUCCAUUUGCACCUAUCCCUAUUCCCGACGUUGACCUGUACAGUUUCAUCUUUCAACCCAACGAGAUCAAUCAAUCCUACCCGCAUGACCGUAAAGUGGUUAUCCAUGGUAUCACCGGACAAACCUUAACUUUUGACGAUAUCCACCAACGUUCCCGUUGUUUGGCUGCUGGCUGGACAAACCUCGGGCUUGGCAAAGAUGAUAUUAUCGCCGUAUUCGCCCCCAAUCAAUACGAUCAUGUUGUGCUCUAUCUGUCUAUUCUUGCAGCAAAGUGUACAGUGACUCCUGGCAAUCCUGCUUAUACAGAAGCCGAGUUCCACCACCAAAUUGAAAAUUCGGGUGCCAAGGCGUUGGUCACUGUACCGGCUCUGUUACCUGUCUUGCUCAAAGUGUGUGCAAAAGUCGGAAUUCCCCGAAACCGUAUCUUCCUUUUCGGCGAUGAGGAACUAGAAGGGUGCAAGCCCUUCAACUCAUUGGCCGUGGACAAGCCAUUGACAUUGCCAUUGCAAGGCAUCAACCCCAAGGAGGAUGUUGCUUUUGUUUGCUAUUCGAGCGGCACCACGGGCGUAGCCAAAGGUGUCAUGCUGACCCACCAAAAUUUUGUUGCUCAGCUGCUUCAGUACACCCACAACCGUCAGUUAGCCUCCGAGGCUAGAGCCGGAGCCGAAGCCGAAGCCCAAACCGAGGAGAAAUUGCCUGACGAUGAUGUUGUGUUGGGCUUCCUCCCAUUUUAUCACAUUUUUGGCCUCACCAGUUUGGUACUCGCCUCCUGCUACACACUCACACCUGUUGUUAUCAUGCCACACUAUGAUCUGGAGUUGUUAUGUCAGCUGAUACAAAAAUACAAGAUUACGAUGGCCAGCAUUGUGCCUCCUGUUGCCGUGCAUUUGGCCAAGAGUGCUAUUGUCGAAAAAUAUGACCUGUCCUCACUUCGUUUAUUGGGUUGCGGCGCAGCACCAUUGAGCAAAGAGCACAUUGAGUCACUGGCGCAACGCAUUCCUGCCACUUUAAAACAAGGCUAUGGUAUGACGGAGACCACCUCUGGUGUAAUAAGUCAAACUGAAGACAGUGGUUCUCCCGGUUCCAUCGGGCAACUGUACGCCAACACUGAGUGCAAGAUUGUCAACGAGAAAGGCGAAGAAUUGGGCGAUGAUGAAGAGGGCGAAUUGGUGUUCCGUGGUCCGUCUAUCAUGAAGGGUUAUUUGAACAAUCCAAAGGCAAAUGCGGAAACGUUCUUGGAAGGUGGAUGGAUGCGAACAGGCGAUGUUGGCAAAUACUGCAGUGCCACCGGUGAAUUCUAUAUCAUGGAUCGACUGAAAGAAUUGAUCAAGUACAAAGGUUAUCAGGUGGCUCCCGCUGAGCUUGAGGCGGUGCUGAUGGGUCGCCCAGAUGUGGCCGAUUGUUGUGUUGUGGGUGUCUAUGAUUCCACGCAAGCGACCGAAAUUCCUCGCGCCUAUGUUGUCCUUCAGCCCACCGUACAGCCCACUGACAAGUUAAGUAAGGACCUGGCGGACUAUGUGAAAACGCGCGUCUCGAAUCAGAAAUGGCUGCGUGGAGGGGUUCGAUUUGUCUCGGCUAUUCCCAAGAGCGCCAGUGGUAAGAUCUUGAGAAGACAAGUGAAAGACUGGGUAAAGAAGGAACAACAACAAGAACCAGCUCGAUCCAGAUUAUAA